AUGAAGUUUUUCUAUUCUGCAUUGGCCUUUGCGCCACAAGUCUUCGCUGCUCUCACUUACAAAGGAGUUGAUUGGUCGUCCGUUACAGUUGAGGAGCAGACCGGUUACUCUUACAAAAAUACCGCUGGCACUACACAAGCGCUCGAAACUAUCUUGGCUGCUUCAGGUGUCAACACUGUGAGACAAAGGAUAUGGGUUAACCCGUCAAAUGGUCAAUACAAUUUGGCAUACAAUUUGGCCCUUGCUAAACGCGCCAAGGCUGCUGGAUUGAAAAUAUACCUUGAUUUACAUUUCAGUGACACAUGGGCUGAUCCGAGUCAUCAGAAAAUCCCCUCCGGCUGGCCCACCGACACAGUCGGCAACCUGGCAUGGGAAGUCUACAACUAUACUCUCGCCGUCUCUGACGCUUUCGCCAGUGCUGGCAUCUCUCCCUCCAUAAUCUCCAUCGGGAACGAAAUCCGCGCCGGACUCCUCUGGCCCAUCGGCGGAACCUCCUCCUACUACAACAUCGCCACGCUCUUGCACUCCGCAUCCGCCGGCAUCAAAGACUCGACUCUAAGCACCAAACCCAAGAUCAUGAUCCAUCUCGACAACGGCUAUUCCUGGUCCGAGCAACAAUAUUUCUACAAGACCGUGCUUGCACAAGGUCCCCUCCUAACCACCGAUUUCGACAUGAUGGGCGUAUCCUACUACCCAUUCUAUACAUCCGCUGCUACGCUCGCCAGUCUCAAAACUUCCUUGACAAACAUGGCUUCAACAUGGGGCAAACAACUUGUAGUCGCCGAGACAAAUUGGCCAUACGCUUGUCCAUCCCCCGCAUACUCCUUCCCAUCCGACGCAAUAUCGAUUCCAUUUAGUGCUGCGGGCCAAACAACAUGGAUUAAGAACGUCGCCGCUAUCGUGGCGGGUGUUCAAGGUGGAGUUGGCCUCUUCUACUGGGAGCCUGCUUGGAUUAAUAAUGCGGCGUUGGGAAGCAGUUGUUCUGACAACUUACUCGUUGGCACUAAUGGAGUUGCAAGAUCUAGUUUGUCGACUUUUGCUAGUAUCUAG